CCAAGGUCCAAGAAAUCUUCGCUUAUUGCCGUGGUGGGGGAACGAAGCGUGGCACUUGCAGCAGAUCGGUGUAGUAGCUGCAUCGUUGUGAACCAGCAAGAACACGGCACUAGAAUCGGUUUCGGACUUCGUUGUGCCGUUAUGGUCCUUUCAUUCGUAUUGAAAAAAAUUCGCUUUUUAGAUCAAAUCUUCAAAAGCCAAAUCGUGUGUCGCUCGUCGUAGUACGUGCUAGCCUGGUGUACUCCUUAAAAAUCACACUCCGCCUUUAUGUUUUUUUUCCGUAAAAACCGCCAGUUUUUUAUUUUUUUUCGAAAAAAUCGGGCACCGCCGGGGUAGCUUAGAUUCAAGCAUAGCGGCGUGGAUUGGUUUGGUCCCAACGAGGUUCAAGCCACAGCUCUACAUCCGCAAAAAAUGCAGCGCCCAGCGUCCUCUACCUCAUCGCUCCUGACGAUGGGUGGGGGUACGAAUAACAGCAGUAGUCUCCGCGCGGCCAACAUAUCAACUGCAGCAAAUACGUCUGGGUCUGGAAGAAUGCCAGACUUGUCAUGCAGGUUUUCCAUGACCCAUGAGGUCUGUUAUGUAGGACAUAGCAUGACAGAGUCUGUGAUAGUUCUACGAUGCCUAUUCUGCAUGAGAAACGGCGUCUCGAUUAGGUCACAAGUGGACAGCUUGUCGUGGUAAUCACGCAACACAAAUUUUAUAUGAUUCAGAUUUAGCAUGACAAGUUCCAACCUUCCAGACCCAGACAUAUUUGCAAUGCAUACAACAACAAUUCUCCAGCACGAGUGGCCACCGCCCCCAGUGGCCCGGGACAGAGCGGAAAUAAAUCUGGCCGGAAUGUGGACUUCAAUCUUUCUUUCCAACAGAAUAAGAAGCCUCACAACUCAACGAAACAGGGCAACAAUCAACACAGCAGGCCGUCGGGCAUGAGUAGUCUGAAAAAUUCAUCUGCCAACAUGGGACUGGGAGGAGCAUCAUUAUCAACUGUAAAAAUGUCUGGGUCUGGAAGAAUGCAUAUUUGUCAUGCUUGUCUGGCAUGACUCUUAAAUCUGUCAUGCACGUUACCCAAGCGCUCCAUUUUUCUGUCAUGCAGGAACGCAGUUUGCCAUGCAGAAUAGGCAACACCUAGAAGCUUAGAAACUUGUCAUGCUGGGCCAGCACUUGUGGCCUCAUCAUGAUACGCCACCCAGCAUCACAAGUUUCCAGACCCAGACAUUUUUGCAUUUGAUAAUCAUUGUCGUUAAACAACACCAUGACCGACCUGCAUGAUAACCUCUCCUUCUUCACAGACGACGAAAAUCGAACGCUAGACGGGUCCGUCGCGACACUAGAACAAAAUCACACGAUGAACAACCAAAGCGCUUCUUCCUCCAACUUCUUCCAAAAAGCGCGGCUCGAGGGCGUCAAUCUGUACGCGAAGACACCGGAAUUGACAAGUACAAAUCUCGCGUCAAAGCGGGCGACGACGCCGAGUGUCGAAAUCGCGUGGAACAGUUCGAUGACAAAAAUCCACUACAAACCGAGACCUCUGUCCCGGAACACGGCCAGAGCGGCGACCAAGUGGAAAAGGUCUGCGAGUGUGGAUCCCCUUACGGAGCGACCGCCGUGGACCUUUCGGUUUAAGAACGUCAGUGCGAAGGAUACGCCAGUGCCGGAUGCAUUCGUAUAGUCUAGAAGUUUUCGUGCUUGUUUCUUGAUAAGAAAGUCCUCUCGGAGCUUGUGAUGCAAAGGACGAAUGUGUCGCAAUUCAACGUGAUGAUGAUGUUGCUAUGUACAUGACAACCUUCUUCUAUCAGGCCGACCGCCAGCGGAAAGCGGGUGUUGGGAAGGAGUUUUAUGUCCCCUGGUACUUGCGAAACCGAGCGGGCUAUCAAAUGCAAAAGCGUCUGGGUCUGGAAGGUUGGAACUUGUGAUGCUAAAUUUGGACUCUAAAAAAAUCUGUAUUGCGUGACCAGGAAGAGGAGUCUAGUUUGUGCUACGUGGGGAGGGCGUUUGUCAUGCGGAGUAGGCAACAUGAACAUCGGGAAGCCCUCUAAAAAUCUGUGAUGCUGGGUCGUGUAUUACAGACAUCCUGGGCCAUGCAAAACAUGCAUGACAGGUUUCAGAACCUUCCAGACCCAGACAUUUUUGUAUUUGAUACGGGCAAAAGGCACGUGGUGAACCAGACGAACGUGCCGACAAGGGGGCUGAUCCACAAUCGGACUAUAUCCUGAGGAAAAACCUCCCCACCCUAGAGUCAAGAUGGGGAUUUUGCAACACAAACCCAUAACUUUUGGGAGUCACGCAUGACAAGCUUCUCUCUGUAGUGUAGUGCAGGUUCACAAGGACAGCCGCAUUACAAAUCCAUCUGCUUAUCCGGCUUGCAGCAUCACAAAUGCCAAAGCGCGACAGAUAGCGUCUCUCAUGGGGAGGCGCAUUACAAGCAUUCCUGUGAUUGUGAAUCUACAUUACAACUCUGGGGUGGGGACGUUUUUGCACAGCAUAGACUAGUCAGGAGAUUCUGGGAAGCACGGUGAUGUGGCGCAUCUGAGAAGAGGAAGUGGAGGAACUUCUUACUACGUGGGGAGUGCGAUAGCUAGGAGCUACCCGAAAUACUACGAAACACCUAUGGAGAUGAGGAGAUGAAAAAGUUUUCGAUUUGAUUCUAUCUUGAUUUCAUUGCGAUUUUUCUUUCGGUUUUUAUGGUUUAACAGUUCAGUUUUGACAGCAGCUUUGACAAAAUAAAAUCGCAUCUUGUAUACGAGCUAUUUCUGUUCAGAACAGCAGGUUUUUCUGCAUUCAGAGUCCUUUAGCGCGAAGAUUUUUUGCCUAUAAUUCCACACUGUAUCUUAUGUUUGAGAUGAUAACAAAUUCAUUGUAGUUUUUAGGUUUGAUUAUGAUUCUGUCAUGUUUCAUUACAAUAACGGGGCUUUUUCAUCAACACAGCAUGUGGAUCGAAAAUGUUUUACAACGAUACAUCCAAAAUUGUACAUUAUUUUUGAACAGAUUAUGAUCGCCAAAACGAAAAUGGUUCUCGUUCCGCCACCAGCGCAAGAACCACUUUUGCCCGGAAGAGGUUCCAAAGCGGAU